AAUGUCGUGCCUUGCAUCAAUUCGACACUCUCGCUCCGUAGACAUGGUGCGGAGGGACGCUGCAGAGGUACAAGGUCAUAAUACAAAUGCAUGGAUCGAGUUCGCUGAUCGACGGGAUCGGUCCAGACGUACGUCUACUGGUUCGUCACUCCGGAGGAUAUUGGUGAGCAAUGAACCAGCUCUCCUCGUCCCAGCAUGGUAGAAGCGCAGCUUCCAAAUGAUAGUCAAACCUACCGGUGCAACUCCAGCGAAGUACAAGAACUUCAACCAUCAUCACUGCGCUUUCUUCCUCCCGCUUUCUCACAGAAAUACCCACUCUGGUGCGCCGCAAGUAUCUCCUUCGCUCAUCCAUCUCACCACGAGCCUCCAAGGUCAGGAAGACAACGCACUGCUCAGUGCCUCACGCGGGAUGUGCGUUUGCGACGGCUGCUCAACGUCGGUCGCUGCAUAUGAGAGACUCCACAGCCGAUGCCAUAUGGCGGAUAUCUCUCUCUCGAACUCUCCUUCCAUCGCUGCAUCGCUCAAAGUCUACAGUAACAAGACUCACCGCUACUCAGCUCCUCUUGCUCUGUCACUCACCCAAUCAAGCAGUUGGACCUCUUACCCGCCUAUCCGCGCAGCAUUCAGUCAGUACUGUAUCCCCAAGCGGGAUGUCCUCCCUCACUGCUUGCUUGCUAGCCUGCUGUGGAUCAGCCCGAGCCGAGGAGCGCGCGAGGAUGGUGGGAGGGACUGCUGCAAGGAAGGGAGAACGUACGGAGUCGAUCACAGAGGAGGAGACUCAAGCUGAGCUGAGCUGAGCUGAGCUGAAAGCGCGCUUCCCAAGGGAAGUCCACUUGACUGUAAAGCCGGAGCUGGAGCUGGAGCUGGAGCUGGGAUAGCAGAACGCAGAGCUGAUAAGUGAACCCAGUACG